GACUACCUGGGCGCCAAGGUUUCCCCACCCUCCCCAGCACACUCCGACAGUUGAGCAGAGGAGAGGGGCAAAGAAAGAAGAGGAGGAUAAAAGAGGAAACGAGCAGAGAGGAGAGGAAAGAAGACCUGAUGAAAGGAGAAAAGAGAAGUGAAGGAAGACGAGGAGAGAGCCUUUUCCUGACUCUCCUCUUCCAGGAAUGAAGUGGCUACUACCUAUCCUAGUCAUCAGCAUCCUGAAGGCAUGCAAGGCAGAGGAGAAUUCCAAGCUUCUUCAGAAUCUGAGGUUCCACUCGAGCAACUUUGAAAACAUCUUGAAAUGGGACAAUAACCACAGAAGCCCCCCAGACACAGUCUACAGUGUGCAGUAUAAAAGGUACGGUGACUCAGAAUGGAAAACCAAGGACGAGUGUCAGAACACAAUCCUAACAUCAUGCAAUCUGACCUAUGAGAUGAGAGACAUUGAGGAGCAGUACUUUGCCAAGGUGAUGGCCUUCAGCCAAGGCCAUGGAGACAUCGUGGAGUGGAGGCAGACGGCAAGGUUCAAUGCCUGCCGAGACACGCUCAUUAAGCCACCACUGGUGACCUGCAUCCCUAGUGUCCAGUCCGUAAAGCUCAUCGUGCAUCCUUCACCCACUGCUCUCUGGACCAGCGAUGGCCAUCAGCAAACUGUGGAAGAGAUAUUCCCAGAACUCUUCUAUCGCCUUCAACUGCGCAUCAACCAAACGUACCAAAUGCACUUUGAAGGGAAGAAAAAAGAGCAUGAAUUCUUUGGCCUGGCUCCAGACACAGAGUAUGAGGGGGUCACCAUGAUUGUUAUCCCCGCCCCUUUCAAGGAGAGUGCUCCCUACACAUGCAGAGUGAGGACACUCAUAGAUCGGACAUGGAUGUAUUCUUUCUCAGGGGUGUCCCUGUUCACCAUGGGCUUCCUCAUGGCUGUGCUUUGUUACCUGAGCUACAGAUAUAUCAAGAAGCCUCCUAAGCAACCCAAGUCACUGGAUAUCCAGAGAGUAUUGACCUUUCAGCCACUGAGAUUCAUCCAAGAACAUAUCUUGAUCCCAGUCAUUGACUUCAGCAGUUCUGGGAGCCUGGUUCCCCCGACCCAAUACUCCCAGGUAAAGAUGCCUGGGGCCAGGGAGAACCUAGGAGUUCCACUACCACCUGGCCUACCUGAGAUCACCUACCUUGGACAGAGCGAGAUAUCGAUCCCUGUUCUCCUGGCUCACCAAGCACUUUCCCUACCUUCCUAUGCCCCCCAGUCAGUCCCAGAGGUGGGACCCCCUUGUUAUGCCCCCCAAGUGACUCCUGACAUAGAGCCCCCAAACUAUCCAUCUUAUCCAUGGCCCCCAUCUUAUGGAGCCUGCAUGGAAGACUCAGGAGGAGAAAUAUCUCCACAGCAGGAUUUGAACCUCAGAUGCUUCAGUGGGACCACAGGCCAAUCUCAUCCCAAGCAGACCUCAGAUGGACCCUUGUUGUUAAAUUCCCAGUCUGAGGAAUUCCAGAAGAUUUCCAGAGGAAAAGAGUUCUUCCAUCACUCUCUAGAACUCCAGAGAGAACAGCCACCCAGCCCAGCUUUGCCCCUGGUUCACCCAAAUGGUUCAUUGGAGUCAGUAGCUUCAGGGUACUUAAGCAAUCAAAUCUCUUUACUUUCCUCAGUCCAGGUGGAAGACGAACCCUUUUCCUUCCCUUCUCCCAUGCCUUCCCUCCACUUUCAGCCCAGGGAGCAGAUUCAGGGAGCCUGGGGCCUGCUGGAUUCUGUAGUGUGUCCCAAGGAUGAACUUCCUCCUCCAGGACCUGAGGAGGACUGCUUAGCACGUUCUACAGAGCUUGAUUUGCUCUUCAAAGAUUUGGAUCUCACAGUACAGUGGGAACCUUGAAGGAAGGUAUGGGGACCAGCCCCCUCCUCAUGUUUUAGCAGUCACUGCCAUACGCCCCUACUGAGUUCAGACAGAGCCUCAUGCUGAUCAGCCUUUUCUAGAGGUCCUAGGAAUCACGGCCCUCACCUUCAACAAAUCCAUGUUUAUAUUAGGGUAAACACAGUUUCUGUCCUCAAGGAGCCUGCAGUCAGAAAAAGAAAAUAUUAUUUCUGCCCUCCCAGAAUUGCAGUCCUGGGAGGGAAAAUAGUUCUGCUUUCGAGACUAUCCCCAUCUGCCUUUGGGAAGCCCUUGGUCUGAAACAGAGGAACAUUGUCAUUACCCUUAUGGGCUCUUCAAUCUGAAAGGGGAGAUAGCCCCUGCUUAUGGGGAUUCCCCAUCUUAAAGGUGAGACAUUUCCUACCUGCAGGGAGUCCCCAGUCUGAGGAAGGAGACAGGUCCUCCCAGAAGCCCCUGUCUAAGGAGAUAGACACAGUGCCCACUUUCAGGGAACCUCCCAGGGAUCUCCUUUCUUAGGAGGGCAGUACUCCACUUUCUUCAAAAAACCUCCAGAAGGAAGAGAUGAAGCUCUUAUUGUUAGGGACCUCUCUGUCAGGGAGAAGAGACAGAAUUUGCCCUCAGGAGAGUCCCCAGCCUGAAAGAAGGAGACAUGUCCUCCCUUGAACCCUAGUUUGAGGAGAUAGAGACAGCCCUGACUUGAGAAACUUCAUCCCCUUUACAGAAGAAGACCCUGUGGAGAAAAGUGUUUAGGGAAGAAGUUAAUAAGACCCUAUUUCCUAAAGAAGAUGGACUCCAUUUCUAAGCCACUAAGCCCCAGCUUUCCCAUUUCAAUGACCUUAGCAGCACCAUCUCUAGGACAAUUUUGAUUCUGCUAAUCAUGGCCCCUCUCUCACUGACAAUCACUUCCUUGCUCCUGGCUGCUGCAAAUAUACCCAUUCUGCUGCAUUCAUUGCCCCUACAGCCUUUUCUAAUAAUCACUUCUCAGUCACUUGCACUUUAGCUUCUUGCCUACAAUCCAUCUCUUCACUUGUGCCCACUCUCUAAAAUUACCAAAUUUCUCUUAUUUGCCAAUUCCAGUCCUCAACUUUCUAAAUGUCUCUGCAAAAACUAGUGACUAUUCUCAAUACUAGAUACAUUCUCCUCCCCUCCCCAGGCAAAAAUUAUCUUGUAUUUACUUUCUUUAUAUUUUGCCCAAAUUUAUAUGUGUACAUGUGUUCUCCCUACUCGCAAUCCCCAUGUAAGCUUUCAGAGAGCAAAGACUGUUGCAUUCUCUAUUCCCAGUGCCUAGCACUGUGAACAAUAGUAGGCAUUUAAAUGCUUAUCAGUUUGGUGAUUCCAUCAUGGGUCCAAUUUUCAUCUUUAUGCAAAUGACUCAUUUUCUCUUCUGAAAUCCAGGCCAGUAAACUGCCUUCUAGACAUCUCCACCUAAGUAUCCAUUUCAGAGGUAUCUCACAAUAGACAUGUUCAACAGAAAUUACAUUUCCCAACAUCAUUAACAACCCUCCAAACUUCCCAAAUUUUAUCCAGGGUUCCAUUCUUCAGGGGCAGCUAGGUGGCCCAGUGGAUAGAGUACCAGGUCUGGUUUCAGGAAGAUCUGAAUUCAAAUCCAGCUUCAGACACUAGCUGUGUGACCCUACCCAAGUAAGUCACUUUAUAACCCUUUUUUGCCUCGGUUUCCUUUCUGUAAAAUGAGCUGGAAAAGGAAAUGGCCAACCAGUCUAGUAUGUCUGCCAAGAAAACCUCAAAUGAGGUCAAGAAGAAUUGGACAUGGUUGAAAAUAACUAAAUAACAACAAUACUCUUUCCAAAAAUUUUAAUUCACAAUCCUGGAGUAUCAUUGCUCUUUCUUUCCCUCCUCCUUCCUACAGCUACUGAAUAGGACAAGUCACCUAUAAAAUGAAAAUAAUAGACUAGAUGACAAGUAGAAGGGGUUCCUUCUAGUCUUAAAUCUGAUGAUUUCUUCUACUUGUUAAUGACAUCUUCUUAAAAUUAAUUUAUAUCACUUUCUAUAUAUUUUAUACUUACUUAUUUAAAUAUGUGUUGUUUUGUAUCCUACCCCCAGUAGAAUAUAAACUUCUUGAGGGCAGGUUUGUUUUUUUAAUCUUAAUAUCUCUAGCAUCUAGAACAAUACCAGACUUUUUUAUAGGUUCCUAAUAAAUCCUUGCAAAAAAAAAAUUAAGGUUCUUUUGUUAUCCUCAUUGAGGAAAGCUAGAGUAUGAUCUGAGUCAGAAACACUUAUCUUUCUGAAUUCAAAUCCAAUAUCAGGUUUUAAAACUAUGUGAUUUUGGCUGUCACCUAACUUUGUCUCAAUUUCUUUAUCCUUAAAAUGAGCUGGAGAAGGAAAUGGCAAAACACUCCAGUAUCUUUACUAAGAAAACCCCAAAUAGAGUCAUAAAGAGUUGGACAUGACUGAAACAAUUCAACAACAACAAAAGGAACAAUAACAGUACCUGUUUUGUAGGGUUAUUGUAAAGAUCAAAUGAGAUAAUAUAUGUAAAACAUUUUGCAAAUCUUAAAGCACUAUACAAAUGCUAAUAGCUAUUAAGAUAAAUGCCAGAGCUGGGACUAGAAUUAUAGAAUUAAAAUAUUUUAUUGAUGGAAGAGCCUUUGAUAGGAGGGGCCAAGGAUAAUUCUGUGGCUUGGGAUCUGGAACGAGGUUGGGGGAGACUUGCAAAAGUCCAGUUUUAGUUUACACCCUUUAUCUCACAGAGGAAGAAACUAAGGUCCAGAAAAAAAACUGAAACUAAGGCCUCUUACUCCUUGCCUUUUCCUAUUCCUUUCAAUGAAGCAUGGAGAUUGCAAAGAAGGGAAAUCAUGAAGGAGUCAAGUAUGAAAAUGCUAGAGCUGCUGCUCACCUCCUUCCCUGCAAACAGCCUCACUAAAUCCUUUCUAAAUGUUGAAAAAGAGGAUCAGACUCUCAGGACUGUGAAACCAGGUCAGUUUCCUCUUCCAAGGGACACAAGAUAAGCUUCUCGCUACCAAGAAAAGCUGCUUGCUACCAAGAAAAGCUUCCUUUUAUUCCCUCCCUCUGCUGCUGAUGCACCUGUUGGCAUCCUUAUCAGCUUCUCAUUAAUAUUUAACCAUUAUUUGGGGUCAUUUGGUACUAUUUUUUUCAGUAGUCAAGUGACAAAUGGAAAGAUUUCCCAUGUAUCCAGGUCUUUAAGGUAAAACUGCUCGAUUAUCCCCUAAAACUUCUGAGAGUAAAUCAAGUCUGCUAUUUAAGGAUAUUAUUAGAAAAGAGACAGACACAUGGGCUUUUGAUCACUGAGGGCUCUUCCAAUUCUAAGGCCUUUUGAAAUUUUGAAUCAGAGUGUAUUAGAAUAUUAGAGCAUAGGUUAUUAGACUGAGAAAGAAUCUUAGAAAAUCACAGCUGGAAAGUACCUUAGAACAAACAGUGUCAGAGUCAAGAAAAGUCUUAGAACAUGGAAUGUCAUAACUGGAAGGGUUGUUAAACACAAAAUGUCAGAGCUAGAAAGGACCUUAGAACUUAGAAUGAUAAUAUUGGAAAUGGUCUUAGUUGUAAGGAAUUUUAGAACCUAGAAUAUUAGACUGGGAGGAAUCUCAGAACAGGAUAUCAGAACUGGAAGAGCUCUGAGAACAUAGAAUGUCAAAGUUGGAAAGAUUCUUAGAACCCAGAAUAUCACAGCUAGAAAGAAUCUUAGAACAGAGAAAAUCAAAGCUGGAAGGAGUCUUGGAACACAGAAUAUCAGAGAACACAGAAUACAGAAUAUCAGAGAAUAUCAAAGAAACCUUAGGAUGUAAACUCUCAGAGCUAAAAGGAACCUUAAGAACAUAGAAUUUCAGAGCUGGAAUGGUCCUUGGAAUACGGAAUGUUAGACCUGGAGGGGUCAUAGAACCCCAAAUGUUAGAAACAGAAAAGAUCUCAGAAACUAUAAUACUAGAUCUAGGAGGAAACUUAUAACUUAGAAUAAUAGAAUUGGAAGUUUGGCAGUGUUUAGAGAACCUUAGAAAUUAUGAAGUUCAGUCUUCCAUUUGAGAUAGAAUAACUAAAUCCCAAACUGGUGAAAGCAACUUGCUUAAGGUCAGAAUGCAACUUAGUCUACCUGUUUUGAUUUUGUUGUUUGUCCUUCCUUCUCAAAAAUGACCAUGACCUUGUUCCAUGCCAGAGAAACCUGCAUCUUUUUUUCUAUUUUAUAUUUUUGGUUGUACAAGUAUAUUAACUUUUGAAAUACACAUUUCUUUAUGAAUCAUGUUGAGAGAAAAAAAUCAGUACAAAAGGAAAAUGCCACCGGAGACACAAAAACAGAAAAAAAAAUGAAUAUAGCAGGUGUUGAUUUACAUUCAAUAUCCAUAGUUCUCUUUCUGGAUGCAGAUGGCAUUUUUUAUCCAAAGUUUGUUGGCAUUGCCUCAGAUCACUGGAUCACUGAGAAGAACGAAGUCUUUCAUAGUUGAUCAUCAUGCAAUCUUGUUGUUACUGUAUACAAUAUAUUCCUGGUUCUGCUUGUUUCUCUUAGCAUCAGUUCAUGUAAAUCCAGGCCUUUCUAAAAUUAGCUUGUUCAUCAAUUUUUUAUAGAACAAUAACAUUCCAUUGCCUUCAUAUACCACAACUUGUUCAGCUGAUGGGCAUCUACUCUUUUUCCAGUUUUUCUUUAUCACAAAAAAAAGAGCUGCUACAAACAUUUUUGCACAUGUGCUCCCUUUCUCUCCUUUAUAAGAUUUCCUUGGGAUAUAGAUCCAGUAGUAUUACUGCUGGUCAAAGAAUAUGUGCACAGUUUGAUAGCCCUUUGGGCAUAGUUCCAAAUUGGUCUUCAGAAUGGUUGAAUCAUUUCACAACUCCACCAACAAUGCAUUGGUGUUCCAGUUUUCCACAUCCCCUCCAACAUUCAUCACUAUAUUUUCCUGUCAUCUUAGCCAAUAUAAGAGGUGUAUAGUGGUACCUCAGAGUUGUCUUAAUUUGCAUUUCUCUAUAAAUUUGACACAGUUCUUUAUAUAUUUUACAACACAUAACCUUUAUCAGAAACAAUCACUGUAAAAAAAAUUUUUUUGCCAGCUUCGUACUUCCCUUUUAAUCUUGCUUGUGUUAGUUUUGUUUGUGCAAAAUUUUUUUAAUUUAAACAUAAUCAAAGUUGUCCAUUUUGAAUUCCAUAAUGUAUUCUAGCUCUUCUUUGGUCAUAAAUUCUUCCCUUCUCCAAAGAUCUGAUAGGUGGAUUAUCUCUUGCUCUCCUAAUUUGCUUAUGGUAUCAACCUUUAUGCCCAAUCAUGUAUUCAUUUUAACUUUAUUUUGAUAUGGAGAGUGAGAUAGAGGUCUAUUCCAAGUUUUUGAGAUUAUUUUCCAGUUUUCCCAGCAAUUUUUGUGAAAUAGUGAGCUUUUAUCCCAGAAACUGGAGUUUGGGAGUUUAUCAAAUAUUAUUUUACUAUAAUCACUGAUUAUCAUGUUAAACUACAUGAAACUAAGCCUUUGAACAUAGUCUGAUGGAAUGAAACCACUCUCCAGCUCACUAUAGAUUGGAAAAACUUUAAGAAAAUUUAGUAUCAUUGGAGUGAAAAGGGGUAUUCAGUUCAGCUCAGACAGUCUGUAAGCCAGAUCUUAAUCCUAGCAAAUCAGCAACUUAGACCUUCAGUCUUGGCUUAGUAGAGGAGCAGGCCUUGAGCAGCCUUCAGCUCCCCUCAGAAGGCAAAUUUUUGGAAACCAGAUUGUUUCCAAGAAAAAACAGACAAAGCUACCCCCUGCACACACAAGAGGCCCCUGUGCUCAAAACCAAGACUCAAAGCUGCAUGGAAAUCUUGAGAUAGUGUCC